AUCAGCCAAGAAAAGGAAGCAGGUUGAUUCAGCAAAAAGGAAGACAAAAAAGAGGAAGAGGAAAGCAACUGCAGUGACAGUUUUCGUGCUGCUGGAACUGAAAGCUCUCCAUGGAGGACACACAGGUGGUCAGACAUGUUCAGCUGAAUGACGGCAGGCGUAUGCCGCUGCUGGGUCUGGGAACAUGGAAGUCCUCUAAGGAGCCAUCCACCCAGGGCGCUGUGGAGACCGCCAUCGCAGCCGGAUACCGCCACAUUGACACCGCAUUCAGCUACGAUAACGAGGUGGAGAUCGGCAAAGCUCUGAAGUCCAAGAUGCAGCAGGGCAUCAUUCGCCGGGAGGACAUGUUCAUCGUUAGUAAGCUGUGGUGUACCUACUUUGCCCCAGAGGACAUCCCUGUCUGCCUCAAUAAGUCCCUACAGGAUCUGCAGCUGGACUACCUGGAUCUCUACCUCAUACACUUUCCCAUCGGCUUAAAGAGGAUGGGGGAUGAGCUUUUUCCAAGGAAGGAUGGAAAGCUUCUGACGUUGGACAUAGAUUAUGUUGACGUGUGGAGGGGUUUGGAGGCUCUGCAGGCCUCAGGAAAGGUGAAGAGCAUUGGUGUGUCCAACUUCAGCAUCCUUCAGCUGGAGAGACUUCUGGCUCUCUGCAAGGUUCCUCCUGCUGUUAACCAGGUGGAGCUUCAUCCUUACAUGGUUCAGAAAGACCUCAUUGAGUACUGCAAAUCCAAAAACAUCACACUGACGGCCUACAGCCCUUUCGGUUCACCAGAAAGGCCCCCAGAAAUGAAAAGAGAUGAAGCUGAUCCCCAAAAGCUGCUGGAAGACCCUGUGGUUGCAGAAAUAGCAAAGAAGCACCAGCGCAGCUCUGCACAGGUUCUGCUGAGGUAUCACGUGCAGCAGGAUAUCCCCGUCAUCCCUAAAAGUGACAAACCUCAUCACAUCCUGGAAAACACAAAGAUCUUUGACUUUAGCCUUACUGAGGAUGACAUGAACACCCUGAGAGGCCUGGACCGAGGCUGGAAGGCCUGCUUACUCGAGGAAAUCAAGUCCCAUCCAUACUACCCGUUUCAGUGAUGCAGCUGGAGGAGUGACAGCGUGAAACUGGCCCAAAUGAUGCUCCGACCUCAACAAACUACUAUGAGCCUUUGUUUGAAAGGAAAACACACCGUGUGGGUUUGGAUUGUUUAUUACGGUAAACAAUUGUGAUGUAACAGACGGUCCAGUUGACUCUGAUUUAUU